AUGUGUGAAGGAGGCAAGAGAGCCAGGAGCCCAGCUGGUCCUGCUUAUCAACUGCUGGAAGCUAGACUCGAGCAGGCCGACCUGCUGAAGAAGGUUGUUGAUGCAAUCAAGGACCUAGUCCAGGACUGCAACUUCGACUGCAAUGACAGCGGUAUUGCGCUCCAGGCGAUGGACAACUCGCACGUUGCGCUCGUCUCGAUGAUGCUCAAGGCUGAGAGCUUCUCCCCAUACCGAUGUGAUCGCAACGUUGCGCUCGGCGUCAACCUCGUCUCCCUUACCAAAGUGCUCCGCGCAGCCCAGAACGAAGAUGUCCUUACGAUCAAGGCUGAGGAUGCUCCGGAUGUUCUGAACUUGGUUUUUGAGAGCAGCGAGAGCGAUCGGUUGAGCGAGUAUGACCUGAAGCUCAUGGAUAUCGAUCAGGAGCAUUUGGGCAUCCCUGAUACCGAGUACGCCGCCACUAUCUCCAUGCCAUCAUCCGAGUUCAAGAGAAUCUGCAUGGAUCUUAUGCAGCUUUCCGAGUCUGUUUCUAUUGAAGCCUCUAAGGACGGUGUCAAGUUCACAUGCAAUGGCGAUAUUGGUAAUGGUUCUGUCACUCUACGAAGCCACAACAAUGUUGAGAAGCCGGAGCUUAACAUCGAUAUCGAUCUUACGGAGCCCGUCGCCUUGACAUUCUCCCUCAAGUACCUCGUCAAUUUCUGCAAGGCCGCAGGUCUUUCCAAGACUGUCAAGCUUUGCUUGUCUAAUGAAGUACCUCUGUUGGUUGAAUAUGCGCUGGCUGGAAGCAGUUAUCUGCGGUUCUAUUUGGCUCCUAAGAUCGGUGAUGAAGAGUAA